CACGCCUCGUUGCCUGUACAAGUCUCUGAGAUUCCUCUAAACCUUUUUACCCCUCCAUGUAGAAGAAGUUACCCCUGUCGCAAAUGGAAGUCUGCAUCGUUUGGACCAGACCCGGAGGACCCCGGCUCUGCCAUGACUCACCGACGCCACCAUCACUCUGUGGAAGGUGAUGCCCCAGGCAGCGAGGUGGGCACCUCUGUGGACCCCAACGGCGGCUACGUUUGCAUCCCAGUGACCCACAGCGGCGGGCUCGGCCCAGGCCACCUGGACAGCCAGCUCUACGGACGCAUCCUGCUGCCGGGCAACCCACGGCCCCGCAGGCCCAAGCUCCAGCACUCCCAGUCCAUCCUCCGCAAGCAGGCCGAGGAGGAGGCCAUCAAGCGCUCCCGCUCGCUGUCCGAGAGCUAUGAGCUCUCAUCCGACCUCCAGGACAAGCAGGUGGAGAUGCUAGAGCGUAAAUACGGUGGGCGUUUCAUAACCCGGCAUGCUGCCCGCACCAUCCAGACAGCCUUCCGACAGUACCAGAUGAACAAAAACUUUGAGCGGCUUAGAAGUUCUAUGUCUGAGAACCGCAUGUCCAGACGGAUUGUUUUAUCCAAUAUGAGAAUGCAGUUUUCUUUUGAAGGACCUGAAAAAGUCAACAGUUCCUACUUUGAGGGAAAGCAGGUCUCGCUAACAGACGAUGGCACUAAAAUUAGUGCACUGGUUCAGUCCGAACAUGGUGGGGAAAGAGGCAUGCAGGCCAAGACCCCUGCCACACAGAGCGAUUUCACGGAUGCCAUCACAGAACUAGAAGAUGCCUUUUCCAGGCAGGUCAAAUCUCUAGCCGAGUCCAUAGAUGAUGCAUUAAACUGCCGCAGCCUGCACAGUGAUGACAGCCAGCCUGAACCAGGGAGAGGCCGCCAGGAUAUGGACAGGGAAGGGAAACCCUCCCAAGGCUCCUUAGAACACCGCAAACUGGACGAAAUGACAGCAUCUUACAGUGAUGUGACCCUUUACAUUGACGAGGAGGAGUUAUCACCCCCCUUGCCUCUGUCUCAGUCUGUAGACCGCCCCUCUAGCACAGAAUCUGACAUGCGACAGCGAUCCCUCAACUCCUCCCAGGACUACUGGUCCCUGGUUCAUAAGGAUGAAAAGGGGGAUACCGAUACCAGCUGCCGCAGCACACCUUCCUUAGAAUGCCAAGAGCAGCAUCUGCGGGUAGACCACCUACCGCUACUGACCAUAGAGCCUCCCAGCGACAGCUCAGUGGAGUUGAGCGAUCGUUCUGACCGCAGCUCUUUGAAAAGACAGAACGCCUAUGAGCAUAGCCUCAGCAACCAGCAGAGCAGUCCCAAACACAUCAGCCACAGCCUGCCACCUCGGGGGCCUUCCAGAGAAGACGACGCCUCCCGCCACCGUCCCCGGCAGCUGGAGGCCCACCUGGCUAUCAAUGGCACAGGAAACCGACAGAGCAAAUCUGAGUCGGACUUCUCUGAUGGCGAUAAUGACAGUAUCAACAGCACAUCGAACUCCAAUGACACCAUCAACUGCAGCUCUGAGUCCUCAUCCCGGGACAGCCUGAGGGAGCAGACCCUCAGCAAACAGACGUACCACAAAGAAACUCGCAACAGCUGGGACUCACCCGCUUUCAGCAAUGACAUCAUUCGCAAGAGACACUACCGCAUUGGCCUAAACCUCUUCAACAAGAAACCAGAAAAAGGCAUCCAGUAUCUGAUAGAGCGAAGCUUCGUUCCAGACACUCCGGUGGGUGUGGCCCACUUCCUGCUGCAGAGGAAAGGCUUGAGUAGGCAGAUGAUUGGCGAGUUUCUGGGUAACAGACAGAAGCAGUUCAACCGGGAUGUCCUCGACUGUGUGGUGGAUGAAAUGGACUUCUCAGCUAUGGAGCUAGAUGAAGCUCUCAGAAAGUUUCAGGCCCACAUUCGAGUUCAGGGAGAAGCGCAGAAGGUUGAGCGGCUGAUCGAGGCCUACAGCCAACGCUACUGCAUCUGCAACCCCGGUGUGGUGCGACAGUUCAGGAACCCCGACACCAUCUUCAUCCUUGCCUUUGCCAUCAUCCUCCUCAACACUGACAUGUACAGCCCAAACGUCAAGCCGGAGAGGAAGAUGAAGCUGGAGGACUUUGUCAAAAACCUACGAGGAGUUGAUGACGGGGAGGACAUUCCCAGAGAGACGCUGGUGGGGAUAUAUGAGCGGAUUCGCAAGCGAGAGCUCAAGACUAAUGAAGACCACGUGUCCCAGGUUCAGAAAGUGGAAAAACUGAUUGUUGGAAAGAAGCCGAUUGGCUCGCUACACCAAGGUCUUGGCUGUGUCCUGUCUCUUCCCCACCGGAGGCUGGUUUGUUACUGCAGACUCUUUGAAGUACCCGAUCCAAACAAACCACAGAAGUUGGGCCUGCACCAGAGGGAGAUCUUCCUCUUUAAUGACCUGCUCGUGGUUACAAAGAUUUUUCAGAAGAAGAAGAACUCUGUCACGUACAGCUUCCGUCAGUCCUUCUCACUUUAUGGAAUGCAAGUGCUGCUCUUUGAGAAUCAGUAUUAUCCUAAUGGAGUCCGCCUGACCUCGGCCAUACCUGGAGCAGACAUUAAGGUCCUCAUAAAUUUUAAUGCUCCCAACCCUCAGGAUCGCAAAAAGUUUACAGAUGAUCUGCGAGAAUCUAUCGCAGAAGUCCAAGAAAUGGAGAAGUAUCGGAUAGAAUCUGAGCUAGAAAAACAGAAAGGAGUGGUGAGGCCGAGCAUGUCCCAGAGUUCAGGUUUAAAGAAGGAAACCGGGAAUGGCAACCUCAGCCGAGCAAGCCUUGAUGACAGCUACGCUACUGGGGAAGGUCUGAAGAGGAGCGCCCUCAGCAGCUCCCUACGGGACCUUUCAGAUGCAGGCAAGCGUGGGAGACGCAGCAGUGCAGGAUCACUAGACAGCAAUCUGGAAGGUUCCAUCAUUAGCAGCCCCCACAUGCGGCGGAGACCCCCCUCCAGCCGAGACUGCCCGUCCCGCCACAGCGGCCAGUCCCUCCCCAACUCCUCCUCGCUGCUCGGAUCUUUGUUUGGGACCCGGCGGGUGAAGUCCCCUAGCCCCACACCUCAGGGCCCACACCCCACCCUCAUCUCCCACACCCCGCACCCUGCCAACCUGCAUCACACAGCCCGCGUGGAGACGGACACACCAGUCCCCAUACACCACACCCAGUACUGUCACAUGACCCAGAACCCCCCGCCUUACCACCACCACCACCACUACCACCCACCGGCACACCUACAGCACCCUCCACACCAGUACCUCCCACCCUCCUCCCACAGUCAGCAGCCUCCCUACCCAUCUCACCCACACUCGCAGCAUGGCCACAGUAGCCACCCCACCCACGGCCCCCACCUCCACGGCCCGCCACCACCGCCGUCUUCUCAGGGCCCCAGCAGCACCAAGCCCAAGCACAGCGGCAUAAGUACAGUGGUGUGAGGGGAGCACAGUGGGCCCCAGGGCCCCUGACUGAACUUUAAUAUUUCCUCCAAGGAUCUCGGCUGACAAGACGGCCACACUGUGAAGCCAGACAAGAUCCUGCGCUUCCUUUUUUAUUUUUCCAGCUUCUUUUCUGGUGUUUUCUUUUAAUUUCAAGUCACAGGUGUCUGUGGGCUUUAGGAGCAACAGACAUCAACGUGAGAGCAUGCACAAAGACCACAUCUACUGUUCCUCUACGUAAAUACAAAGGAGCACGAUCAAAUAUCCAACAAGUAUUUCACAACAGCAGUAAACAGAGACAGAAAACACUGGUUUAGUGUGGUGUGAACACACGUCGUCAGCCUCUUUAGUAGCAGAUUAUUUAAUGUAGCAGUAGCUCACGGUGCACUGUGAUAUCUCUAGUAGCAGUGAUAAAUGUGCCAAUUAUUCAAGCAUUUAUUGAUUUAGUCACAAAAACUGCUUAAUGUAUGUUGUGCUUAAUAUUUUGUAAAAUAAUAUCAGCUGUUACUGUUCUGAUUAUUACCGAACAAAUUACAUCAGUUUAAACUCUCAGUAUUAUACUCGCACAUACAGGGGGCGUAGUUCAGCAAUUAGAGUUUUUAUUAGUGGGGCAGUUGUGGCUGGAUGCUGCUGUAAAUGGUUGCCGUUGACUUAGAACUCCGCUGCAUACUGUUGAGGGCUGGUUGGUGCACGCCCCAACACAGGCUCAUCCUCUGCUCCUGUCUUUUUAGCUUGGAGCCGUUCCUCCUCCCCAGGGCCGUUUCUAGCUAUGUGAAGGCAACCACAAUGGAGCCAUGAACAUGCCACAAUUUAUCACACUUCACAAGCUAAACAGACUAUAUUCUACAAAAAUCCACUGCCACAGUAGUCUGAAUACUUAACAAAAGUCCAAAUAUUUAUUAGUAAUUCAAUAAUUAAAGGCCUAUAAAAUAGUUCACUUAUGGAAGUUAAGUUAAUUUUAUUUUAGUCGGUUUUCAUGAGGCAAACACAUCCUAGAUAGAUACCUAGCAUUUAUCUGAGGCUAGCUGAGCUAGCUAGCAGCAUAAACUACAAACAAAUUCACUAAAACCUGCUGUUACAUUCCCAUCCCCCAUCAUAAACCAGUGUAUUACGUUUAUUCUCACUAAUAGGAAUGAUGGACACCUGUCCACUGCAGACGUCACUGCCUGAUGAGUUUGACCAAAUUAACUCACAAAACCACCAGACACAGCUGAUCGUCGCAACUUCUUUAACUUUAUACGAAAUAAAGACGAGUCACUUUAAUUCUCCUCAGAUGAGGCAGAACAUUCAGCUCUAGGACCCCCUGGUGACUUUCGGGGUCCCCUGGUGACUUGCGGGGUCACCUGGUGACUCGUGGGGCCCCCUGGUGGCUUGCGGGGUCCCCUGGUGACUUGCAGGGUCCCCUGGUGGCUCGUGGGGCCCCCUGGUGGCUUGGGGGUCCCCUGGUGACUUGCAGGGUCCCCUGGUGGCUCGUGGGGCCCCCUGGUGGCUUGCGGGGUCCCCUGGUGCUCAUAGCAAGAAACGGCUCUUCUCUGGGAAAUGGAAACCACAGGGAUUUAUCUGAAUGUCCGUCAGUACUGUUAGCGCGCCCUCUUGUCAUUUUUAGCUAUUUUAGACCCGAUAAACUUAAAGACUGUUUCAGGUCUGCUGUGCCAGACCGGGGGGGCAGUUUCCCUGGAAACGAGGGAUUCGGCAUUGUGACUGUUCCCGGUGGGGAAGCUCUCAGCUGGCUGAGUGAUCCUGCAGGACUAUCCAGCUCUACGCCACCGUGCACGAAUCCCCGUUUAUCUCAGUUUUCUUCCCACAACAAGCAGUUUCAUAUCAGUCAUGUUUCUGACAUAUUAUAGGAUGGCUGGCUGUAGCGGUCGGCCGUCCAGUAGCAGAGGUGGAGGGGGUGGUGUGCUGAAGCAUAUUUUGUAGUGUAACGUAGCUGAAUCAGAGGUAGAAGUUAGUCUGAAUCUGCUUUUUUAUACGUGCAAUAAGUAUUUAUGUUGUUUUGUUUUUGUCUAAGAGGGAUUUCCAUCUGAUGGACCUUCAUCUGGUUUCAAACUGUUUAGAUUUGUCUUUCCGUCCCUCAGUGUCCUUUGUCAUUUCCUCCUCAGUGUUUCAGUGAAGUGCAAGUAUCCACAUGGAUUUGGAAAUACUGGACCUAAAUCACUAAAGUAACUGCAUGUAACAGACUAUCUUCAGGAACAUUUUCAAACCAGCAUUUCCCCAAAUUAUAUCAGUGAGCAGAAGACUUCUGGCCUCUGACCCUCCAGUCUUACUUCCCUCUGAAGUCAUUAAGGACAAAAAUGUCCUCUUAAAAAAACUGCUGGAAAAACUCAACAGAUUGACAUUUUUAUUGAGUUUGAGGAUUUUAACCCUUUAAACGACUUGAUGUUACUGUUAUUUUUUGUAUUAAAAUGAGAUAUUUACGUGUGCUGUCACUGACACGUGGAAAUAUUGAUUCUGAUGCAAUAAUAGUUUUUAUGUAGACUAGAUAAAUGAUUUACUAGCGUGUGAAGUCUGUAAGGAUAAAAAUUUAGGCUGUAAAUGCUUUUCUGCACAAAUCUUCUAGACAGCUUCAGUCCUGAUCAAAACAAUCAAGUAUAAAAUAAUGAUUGGGAUUUUAACCUGUUAAAUGCCAGUUUAUUUACAUGAUGCUAAUAUUAGUCAUGAAAAGGCACAAAGCGUGAUUUAUCGUCCAUAAACCAGAUGUAGGGGUCUGCAGGGUUAAUUGUUUAAUUAGUCAUGGAUAUGUCAGGGAUCUUUUUUAUAUAAAUAUAUAAAAAACAACAGGGACAUCAAGUCAGGUUGGCCUUUAAAGGGUUAAUCUUGACUGUUAAUGACUGAUUUAUAAAGCUUGUGGCCCUAAAUGAUCCAAACUUCAUAAAUGGUUUAGAAUGAUGCUGUUUGCUAAACGUGUCACUGAGUUGUGUUAAUUCUGUGGCCGUAUUGAUUCGAAGGAUAAUAUUUAUAAGCACUUUAUGUUGCAGGAAAGUGAUAAUUACUGUAUUAUUACAUAUGAGAUUUCUUUCAUGGGGGGACCAGACUGGAUGACCACCAGAACCACCAGAACCACUGUGACCACGUAUUACUCAGUUCAUUGGUUAUUUCUAAUAAACCUGUCCAGAUUCCAUGUGCGGUGCUUUGUUGCAUGCCAUUGAUGCCUACCUCUUGUGUGUUUCUUUUUCAUAACUAUUUUCUAUCAAGCUGUUUGCUUGACGAAACCCUAAACUUUGAUUAUUUAACCGUUUACAUUUAGAUGCUUUCUGCCUGCUGGUGUGUCUUUUCUUUUUAUGGUGUGUCACUCGACUCCGGCAUGACCCUCCGUUGUCCAGAACGACGACGUGGCAGCGCGCUGCUCUGUGCGGCUGUAAAUACUAAACCUAAUGUAACUUAACCAAGUAAAGAAGGUUGGAAAUGGAGGACAUAUUUUCAGGGUGGGUAAAGAAUGAUAAACAUAUGUAAAUAGUCUGUAAAUUAAUAUUAAUAUUAUUACUACUCAAUGUCUGUGGCUGAAGGUGCAUUCCUGCUGCCUUCCAGUCUCUACAUAAUCAUGGAACUGCUUCUUCCUGCCUCUGGCAGGACUGAAUUAUCAUAGGAUCUAGCAACAAACAGCUAACUCUUACCGUUUAUGGUUAAUAUGCUUCUGACUUACGCUCUCACAGUCCAAAGAGGAAGAGGAGCGCUCUUAUUUUAUUAUGAAUUCUGUUUUUAAGUAGAAAAACCCCUAUUGAUGUAAAACUAGUACUGUAACAAUGUUGAGAACGCAAAAUAAAAUGAUAUCCUUUAAAACCUGAA